AGUGAGGGGCUUCCUCAUCUACUCACGCACUCAUCAUGGGUAAAAAGAAAGCGAUUCCAAGGGAGAAGAUGAAACCUGGCGACACGGUACAAAGUGAAACGUUUACAUGGAGAGUUAUAAAACUACUUGGAUCGGGUGGUUUUGGAGAUGUGUACAAGGUUGUAAAGGUCAAUAAUCCCGAUACAAAGGAAGCAGCAAUGAAGACAGAGAUGGUUAUUGGCAAUCGCCUGCUGCUACGGUUGAAGAUUGAAGUAAUGGUGUUGAUGAAAUGCCAUGAACAAAAAGAUCCAGAAAAAAAGGCCCACUUUGUGGACUUCGUAGAUCGAGGGAAAACGCCAAAGUUCAAGUUCUUGGUAAUGGGUUUAGUGGGACCAUCGCUAGAGGAUAUCCGCAAGAAAGAAUUAAUUAGAAAUUACUCAAAAUCUACAGCAAUGCAAUGUUGUAUUCAAACGAUGAUAGCAAUCAGAGACUUACAUGGAAUCGGAUUUUUGCAUAGGGAUAUAAAGCCUCAGAACUAUGCUAUUGGACUCGGCCCGAAUGAAAAAACAAUUUACAUGUUAGAUUUCGGAAUAGCUAGAAAAUUUACUGAAGGAGAGACUACAGUAGUGAAAGUGCCUCGAAUAAAAGUGCACUUCUUGGGGACGUUAAGGUUUGCUUCACGUGCUUGCCACAAACAACAAGAACAAGGUUGCAAAGAUGACCUGGAAUGUUGGCUGUAUAUGUGUUUCGACCUAUUCGACGAUGACAAAGGAUUACCAUGGAAAAGAUGCGAGCGAAAAAAAGUGCUUCGAAUGAAAGAGGAGUUUUUUCAAUUAGAACACCAAAGUUGUUAUCGCAUUGUACCGGAGGACUUCAAGCGCAUUUUGAAGUAUAUCGACGGAUUAAAAUAUGCUGAUAUUCCUGACUAUGUGUACUUGAGAAACUCUCUGGGAGCGAUUGCAAAAGAAGCAAGAUGCGACUUUACGAAGCCCUUGGAUUGGGCUGGUAUCACAACUGGAAAGAAAAAGAGAUCCAAAGAGAAAUCUAAAGAACCGGAAGUCGACAGCGAUGUUCAACAAGAGGAGACGGGUUCUGGUGAAGAAGAAGACGAGGGUCCGCGCAGGAAGAGUAGAAAAAAGAAUUAUAGACAAAUUUUUACAAAUGACCACUUUUCUUCAUACUCCUUGCCAUUUAAUCAACAAGAGUAUACGAUAUCAAAAAAAAUCGUAUAA